UUUUACUGCUUUACGCCUCCCUCUCCAGAUAUUACUUAAACGAUUAACUCUGCUGCAACAUAUUUUCUGUAAAACAUCACGCUUUGCUUUAAAGAUGUUUUCCAGGAUCUGCUGCAUCGGGAAAAACACAAAAACGCCCUUUACUUUCAUCUAGCCUCAGGUGCCAAUUGCAAUUAUGGAGGCCUAAAUGGUGAAGAGUUUUGGGGGGGAGGAAUCUUUCCCCUCGGAGUAGAUGGACACUUAUGUUGGAGUGUACAGAGAUCUGAAGGAGUUGCCUUUUGUAAAAUAAGAUAGUUUAACAUAAAGUGAACUUAUUUUUUAAAGAACUGGAAUAUAUUUAUAUGGUUUUGUACAGAAGACUUUGUAUUUUCUUUAAUGCUAGUGAUUGUUUCAUUGGUUUUAUUGAAUGUCUGUCUGACAUGGUGGACUGAGAUGAGGUAGAUCCCCUCACUAUGGGGUUGCUAGGGUGCCGUGGAACCUCAACACAUGCACAAUUCUAGCACCCUAAAUUCACUGUUGAAUGUAUUCCUUGCUUUUGUUCUGUUUCUUUCUUCUAGCGUAAUUCAUAGCAAAACUUUUGAGAAAUUUAAACACCGGGUUGGUGUAGUAUUUCUUGAUUAUUUUUGGUGGAGGUCAGGUGUGUUGAGGAUUUUUGGGUAACUGUGGGAUAGCAGCUUAGCUAAAAUGAGUCUUGAAACCCCGGACUGCACGUCGAAGUGCCGUUCAGUUCGGCAUGCUGAGGAGGUCAUCGCUGCAUUGACCAGCGGUUCAGAGAGCCGUUUGCGGAGCUACCUGUCUGCGCAUUGUCACAACGCAGCUACGCUGCGGGAUGCACACGGUCGCACAGCUCUCCACCUCGCAGCUUCGCUGGGCAAACGCGACCUUCUAGAGUGGCUCCUGGAAAGCAAGAACUCUGACCUGCUGGCAAAGGACAAAGAAUCGGGGUGGACUGCCCUGCAUCGCAGUGCCUUCUAUGGCCAGAUUCACUGCCUCAUUACUCUCAUCAAGCAUGGGGGAACACUGUCCAUCCAAGACAAAGAGGGGCUUUCUGUUUUAGAUCUUACCAUGAAGGACCGACCUGCUCAUGUUUCGUUCCAAAACACUGAUCCUACUGAAGUGUACACUUGGGGAAGCAACACAAAUUUUAGUCUUGGGCAUGGAAACCAGAAGAACAGGCACCAUCCUGAGAUUGUGGACCUGUUUUCUAGGUCUGGUAUCUAUGUGAAACAGGUGGUUUUGUGCAAGUUCCACACUGUCUUCCUGUCCCAGAAGGGUCAGGUUUACACGUGUGGACAUGGACAGGGGGGACGACUUGGACAUGGUGAUGAACAGACGUAUCUGGUUCCCCGGAUAGUGGACGGACUUUUGUCCCAACACUGCUCGCAGGUCGCGGCAGCCCGAGAUCACACCGUGGUUCUGACAGAAGAAGGGUACGUCUACACGUUUGGGCUUAACACUCACCAUCAGCUGGGUCUGGCACCUCCACCUGCCUCCAGCCAAGUUCCCAAACAGGUGACAUCUAAGUCUCUGAAAGGGAGGACUGUGAUUGGUGUUGCAGCUGGCAGGUUUCACACAGUUCUUUGGACUCGAGAUGCGGUGUAUACCAUAGGGUUAAAUGGUGGCCAGCUGGGUUACCAACUGGAGCCCAACGGUGAGAAGUGCGUGACUGUCCCUCGGCAGGUGUCUGCUUUGCAUCACAAGGAUGUGACCAUCGCCAUGGUCGCAGCAAGCAACGGGGCCACUGUGUGCGUGACCGAAAAGGGAGACGUGUACCUACUGGUGGAUUAUCAGUGCAAGAAACUUGCAUCUAAACAGCUGAAUCUGAAGAAGGUUCUUGUGAACGGUGGUAGUUUGGACCAUCGGGUUGAUCCUCAGUUACUGCAUGAUGCUGGAGGAGAGAAGCUGGUCAUUUUGGCUCUAGAUGAAGCUGGAAGGGUGUUUUGCUGGCGCUCAACAGGCAUGGCAGUGAGACAGUGCCGCUGGGCGUAUGCGCGACAGGUCUUUAUGUCAGACAUUGCUCUGAGUAAGACCAGCAUGAUGUUUGUCACUCAGGAUGGAGAAGGAUUUAGUGGACAGUGGCUUGGCCAGUAUAAGAAAGCUGUGGACAAAAAAGAUGGUUUGGAGGUGUCUGGGGCCUCAGACAGUAGUGCUGUUUAUGAACGGAUCCGUCUGGAGAAACUUCAUUACAUCCACAGAGCCGUCUCGAUCACCAUGGAUUCUAAGGGCCGAAAUUUUGGGGUGUUGCAGUCUGAUCCCAAAACCAGCCUGUAUGAAGUGCCCAGUGUUUCCCAGUCCACAUUUUCUCAGCACUUCCAAUGUCUUCUGGCCGAAGCUGAUGAGACUGACAGCAUCCACGACGUGACUCUGCAGGCCGGCGAUCGCACAUUCCCAGCGCACAAAUACAUCCUCUCCAUGAGAUCCGACUUCUUUCGUAGAGCACUUCUGCCGGAGGGCUGCAAAGAAAAUUUUGGAGAUGGUGAGGUGAAGAAGGGUGAAGAUGCUGUGGGCUGUGACCUGCUGGUAUUGGAGAAGGUUCCUCCUGAGAUGCUGGAGCACGCUCUGAACUUCAUCUACACAGACUCCUGUGAGAUGCUGGUGCACGGAGUUAGGCCAAGCGUCCCGCGUUCAAGUCAAGGUUCUGAUGCUGAACAUCCACAGCAACUGAUUCACAGUCUGCAGGUGUUGGGCUUGGAGCACCGCUCCGCUCUGGAGGUUUAUCGCUCUAUUCCUGCUCAGGCCCGGGAGGAAGCAAAUAAACCCAAGAACAAGAGCUUAAAAUCUGGGAAAAAGGGCAAGAGUGGUAGUAUUGGUGAACCUGGACAAAACCCUGUGAAGAUGCUGCAGGGCGUUGCCAAAAAACUGGGCCUGGGGAGUCUGUCAGCACGGCUUGAUGGAGUGAAGUAUGAAAAUGGAAAGAUCAAUGUGGUGCAGAGGAAGACCAGCAACAAGCCACGAUUCAGCCAGAAGAAAAGCUCUUAUCUCUGUGAUGUCACACUGAGGUCUGAAGACGGGAAGGAGUUUCCCUGUCAUAAAUGUGUGCUGUGUGCUCGACUGGAGUACUUCAACAGUAUGCUGGGCAGCCCCUGGAUAGAGGCCACCAGCUGCAGUGCACUAGAUAUGCCCAUCCCCUCUGAGAUCCUACAGGUUAUUUUGGAGUACAUCUACACUGAUGAGUCCACAACUGUCAGAGAGUCUGUGAAUGUGGAGUUUUUGUGUAAUGUGCUGGUGGUGGCUGAUCAGCUGUUGAUCACUCGGCUGAAAGAGAUCUGUGAGGUCGCCAUUACUGAAAACUUGACACUGAAGAACGCAGCAGAAUUACUGGAGUUUGCCACCUUGUACAACGCCGAGCAGCUCAAACUGUCUUGCCAGCAGUUUAUUGUCCUCAACAUGACAGCACUGCUGGAAUACAAAGCUUUGGAGAUCCUGAGCGAUGAUGUUCUGCUUGACCUGACCGCAGCUUACAGAAGAACGAUCCCAGCCAUGCAGAGACGUCUCAUCACGCCGUACUCCAACGCUCCUGAUCUCAGCGCCUAUGAGGAGCGAGAGUGGGACUCUGCCGUGGAUUGUAAAAGCGGCUCUGAUCUGGACCUCUCCAGUGAAAAUCUGCUGAAGAAGGCCAAGAUCAGGGCAAAGAGAAAACCACGACGACGCUCCGACAGCUCCGGUGGAUACAAUCUCUCUGAUAUUAUACGGAGUUCUCCUAUUAAUGUCACGCAGAGCUCGCCCACUUCAGAUUUGAGACAUUCGGUGAAGGCCAGUUCAGUGGAGUCUUUGCAGGAGCUCAUCACAUCUGACUCCGAGGGAAGUUAUAUGGGGGUGGGCAGCCCUAGAGACCUACAGUCACCUGUCUUUCAGGACAGGCCUGAUGCACAGGAUGGUCUGGCCCCAGGAUUAAAGACUCCUCCUGGGACCCCGGUUUUAAAAAAUGGCUCCAUGCCCCUUCAAGCUUCUACUCCUGAACCCAUUCCUAUGGUCAAAGCAAGACCAGCUCCGGUCCUGGACCUCAGGGCUAUCAUGGAGAUGGAGGCCAAUUCAUUGAACCUGGGUGCCACACCUAAAAGUCCCAGCUCAUCAAGCAGCAGCAGUAAAGUAACAGUCACCUCCAGUAAGUUGUCUCAGAAGCAGAGGAAGAUGAUGGCUUUGGCCUCCAGAGAGGGAAGUACAGAGAUCAUGUCUCCUAAAUCUCCCCCAUCUGUUACACCAGUCAAACCCGUGAAGGCCUGGUCAACAGCAGCGGUUCAGUCUCCACCCUCUUCCUGUUCCUUUCGGGAUCUUUUAGUGGAGGAGGAGAGACUUGGGAAACCCUCUCCAGUUUCUCCAGUGACCCCUAGGAGUCCAGUGGCUGCUGCGGGAGCUGCCAUAUGUGCCAAAAGAGUGACGUUUAAAUGUGCCGAGAGCAGCGACACGGAGAAACCAGCGGGGCCUUGGGUGCUGCGGGCGGUGGGCAGCCCACCCUCCACCUCUACUGUUACAUUUGCAUCCAUUGUGGAAGAGGAGAGAAAACAGGAAGCUGCGCUGAUCCGAAGCCGUGAGAAACCGCUAGCGCUCAUUCAGAUUGAAGAACGAGCCAUUCAAGACCUGUUACUCCAUUACCAAGCCAUUAAUAAUCCAGAGGAGCUGAUCGUGGUGGAGAGAUCCCCUCAAGGUCCAAUCGCCAUCCCCACCUGGAACAAACACUGAUAUAAACGCUCACGCACGCUCCAUUUGCAAGCCGUGUCCUAUUUUCCCACCUUAUUCUCAUUUGCUGCUUGCCAAUUUAUUUUGAUUUGCUUUUUUUCUGGGCUAUGCUGUUCUCCUUUUAAGGGAAAAGACUGGAAUAUCAGGUGGACUCGAUCAUGCUAAUCAGAGAGGAUUUGCCAAAUGAUUUGUUUUUUUAUAUAUAUAUAACCCAAUGUUGAAAUGAUAUGCGUAUCCCGGGUUGUGUGUAUCUGAGAAAUAACACUGUCUACAGCACAAACUCCUCUAACACAUUGUAACAAUAUGAAGAAACUUCAGUCAGCCAUAAAAGCAAUAAAGAUUUUAUUUGGCUGCACUCAAGGGCUGUUUGAAGGAGCUGCUGCUUAUAAAUUCAUUGUUGUGCACAGGACGUUAAAGACAGAUUUACAAAUCUGCAUUUAAUGUAACGUAUCAUUCAGUCUUCAUAAAAUAUCACGCUGCUUUUUUUGGCUGUGGAUAUAAUGGUAGUUUUUUUUUGUGACUGUCAGAUCGUGACUGGUACUACAGGCAGUAUUGUCAUUGAAAUACUUUUGUUUCAUUUGCUGAAUGUUAAGAUCUUUGUGGUGGCAUGCAAUAAAAAGAUGAAUAUGUG